AUGGCAAAUGAAGGUCAAUCAGACAGCUUUGGCAAAGCUCAUAAAUCUCUUAAUGGUAUGUGGAAUACGCAUUUAGAUGAUAGGGACACAAGGAAAGAAGGGUCAAAAUUAAUCCCUGACAUGGAAAACAGUAAUGCACAAACCCCUGGGUCAAUUCGCCAAAGGAACGGGUUUUUAUAGGAAUGGAAAGUGUGAUGUUGGACCAGAGGAUACGGGAAAUCAUUCUAUUGCUGGUAUUUCUCCUUUCCCCAAUUACCUUCAUACAAGUAUUCUAAUUAACGCUUCUCAAAGCAACUUUAACAGACAGCUUCCUCGAUUUCUCCGCCUCUCGUGGUAAUAAUCUUCGCACUAUUGGUCUCACUGGAGGAAAGAAAUGGUGUCUAUGUGCUAGUCGCUGGAAAGAAGCAAUGGAAGCUGCAGAGGAUUCAAGUGAGAAGGAUUUAGUACCAAAGGUGCAUUUACAUGCUACGCAUGAGAAAGCUUUGUCAGUUUCCUUAUUUGUAUUUGUCCCUUACUUCGAACCAAGCCGAUAUAUAUACUUCCCCUUCCUCCUUUAGACUCCCCCUCUGGGGUUGAUCUUUAUGGCAAACGAAAAUGGAUGGAGGGGAUGGGUCAACAAAUGCCAAAAGAAAGAACAGAAUCGAACGAAAACAAACUAACGAAAAACAGAGACGUGGUCUCACUAGCAGAAUUAAAGAAAUAUGCCGCAGAACCAGAAGCUGCAGAUGCGAGCACGGUGCCCCAGAGUAGAAAGGGAAAUAAUUAUCCCGGGGGCGUUCCUACAAAGGAGACAACGGAGUUAGCGAAUGCGGGAGAAAUGACUUCGAGUCGGUACAGGGGGAAUUAUUAG